ACUACUACCAGAAAGAUUAUCAAACGAGAUCUGGUAAAAGAAAAACAACGUGAAAUCAAACAGAAAAUUGAUGUGAGACAAACUAUGUUAAAUACUGAACUAAAGUCUAUAAUAGACAGAGUAUUAAAUCGAGAAUCGAGACAAAUAGUUCUAGAUAGGAUUAUACAGAAUUAUAAUGAUAAUACUAUCACAAUAAUUACCAAUCCUGAACAAAUUAAAAGUUGUAUACAAGAACAUCUAUACCAAUGGACGGAAG